UUGCACAAGUGUUAGUGCUGCGCUGCACAAGUGUUGCAGUUUUGUGCAUCAGUGCUAAAAGCUGAUGAUAAUGUCGGCGACACCUCCUCCCCUCAUGUUAUAAUGAGAGAGUGUAGUUAAACAUUUUCUUCUCACUCUGAGGAUUAAAGACACGUCGAUGAAGGAACCUGAGGAUCAGCUCUGAUCCAUCUCUGCAGGAAUCUGAGCCGCUCGCGGACUCACCUCUCCGCCGCGGCGCUGAAAACACGGAGCAGGGUUUUAUUAAAGGGACCAGAAGCGGCUCCAGACCAGACCCGCCCCUCUCAGUCAGUUUGGACGCAUUUUCCACCAAGUGUGUCCAAGAUGACGGCCAACAGCAGGUACAGGAGCCGCGCGCCCCGGUCAGAUGAUGGAGAGGAGAAAGAGUACGUCGGUUUCGCGACGCUGCCGAACCAGGUGCACAGGAAGUCGGUGAAAAAAGGAUUCGACUUCACCCUCAUGGUGGCAGGUGAGUCUGGCCUGGGUAAAUCCACCUUGGUGAACAGCUUGUUCCUCACUGAUCUGCAUAAAGACAGAAAACUGCUCAACGCCGAGGAGCGAAUCAGUCAGACAGUUGAGAUCACAAAGCACACAGUGGACAUCGAGGAGAAGGGGGUGAAGCUGAAACUGACCAUUGUGGACACCCCAGGUUUUGGAGAUGCUGUCAACAACACAGAGUGCUGGAGACCCGUCACAGAUUACAUCAACCUGCAGUUUGAACAGUACUUCAGAGACGAGAGUGGACUCAACAGGAAAAACAUCCAGGACAACAGAGUUCACUGCUGCCUCUACUUCAUACCUCCGUUCGGACACGGGCUGCGUCCGGUGGAUAUAGAGUUCAUGAAGGCCCUGCAGGACAAGGUUAAUGUGGUUCCUCUCAUCGCUAAGGCCGACUGCCUCACUCCCACUGAGAUAAAGAAACUCAAAGAGCGGCUGAGGGAGGAGAUCGAUAAAUAUGGGAUAAAGAUCUACCAGUUCCCUGACUGCGACUCUGAUGAGGAUGAGGAGUUCAAGCAGCAAGAUAAAGAGCUGAAGGAGAGCACUCCGUUCGCAGUGAUCGGCAGCAACACUGUGGUGGAAGCUCGAGGUCAGAGAGUGAGAGGGAGGCUCUACCCCUGGGGCAUCGUGGAGGUGGAGAACCCGUCCCACUGCGACUUUGUGAAGCUGAGGACCAUGCUGAUAAGAACCCACAUGCACGACCUGAAGGACAUCACCAGUGACGGUCACUACGAAAACUACAGAGCUCAGUGCAUCCAGACCAUGACCAGUAAGAUGAAUGCAGACAAACGGGUGGAGAGCCCCAUACCCAUCCUGCCGCUGUCCACACCCGACGUGGAGACAGAGAAACUCAUCAAAAUGAAAGACGAGGAGCUGAGGAGGAUGCAGCAGAUGCUUCAGAAGAUGCAGCAGCAGAUGCACGAGCAGGACCUGUGACCUCUGACCUCCUCUGUGACCUUUAGACCUUUUAUUUAGAGAAGAUCAAACACAGACUUAAACCCUCACUGAUGCCAUCUCCUCAGGGGAGAAGAUGAGGAAAUGUUUAGAUGAUUACGGUCAAAUAUUUCACAGAGAAACAGUAGAUGAAUGAGAGCAUGCUGGGAAAUGUAUUUCAACUUAAUUUAAACGUACUGACAAUAUAAAGGAACUUUGUUUUUUAAUGCAGUCCUUAGCCAAGUGAGUGGAGUCAGGCAAUAGCGAGUAGAUGCACCUUUAGAUCACAGUAGAUUUCUAAGUAUGUUUUAUACUUGAAAUGAGACUAAUGCACCAUAAACUUAAUUUGUUUAGUAGUUUAUGCACCGACUGCGAGGCCCCCACUUGUUUGUGGAGUGACACCCACAUUGAAAAGAGGCUGUUGUUUUUUAGUAAAUGAGUUUCCAUCCAAGUUUAGUGCAAAUUUUAUCUGUUUAAAAAAAAAAAGAGCUUCAAAACUUUUUGAACGUGCAAAAUAAAAUACUGAUGAUUCAGAUUAAACUGAGGAGAAUUUAACAGAUGAAACUCAUUUUAGUGUCAUCUGGAGAUUCAUGCCGCUGCUGACUGUUGGUAUGUCGCUGUUAAAACAGCGCGCCACUUCUGUCCCUCAACAUGCGUCAGUUUUGUACAACGUUGUGCUGGAGGUUGCUGCAGGCAGCUGUCAUUGUUGGGAUGCUGCAGCUGCAGUGGUUAAAGGGCAAGAGUAGCCUCAGGUCAGAGCCUGACGACCAGGUGCAGGGAAGAACUACUGCAUUUGUGACAACAGAAAGACGUCUGUAGCCUGUAGAGCAACGACAGGCUGCAUCAAAACUCUGACCGUGUGAGAACGUCCAGCUACAAACCAGCCGCUCAGAAUCACCACACACAGCACCAGAACAUGAACGGGAAACUUUCAGCCUCUUUUUCAUCUGGGCGCUGCAGGGUAUGUGUCUGUGCUCAUCUCCUCUAAUCUCCUCCUUUAACCUCGACUUUGAUGAAAGAGUUAUUGCAGUGUACAAUCAGAGCUGUGAGCGUCAAAUAAGGAAGAUUCUUUUAAGAACAUACGUACACUAAUUCACUUCUGAGAGCACAUUUGUUGAGUUUGUGUGCAGAAUAUACACAAUAACUGUCACACAGCUGUUGUUAAAGGCAGCACGGACACCUGGUGCAGAAACUCAUUUAUUACUUAACACUGUUCAGUCCUACAUACUGUCAAGGAAAAUCCUCCAAAUUGAUUCACUUUACCAUAAUAAAUGAUAAAAUAAUAAUAAUAACGUUUGUUUAUAUGGCACUUUUAAAAAACUGUUACAGAGAUCAGAAGAGGCUUAAAAAUGCUUCUUCUCAUCUAAAAGUGUUUUUUAUGCUAAUAAGUAAACAUGUGCUUUGACUUUUAACUGAGGCUGUUUAUGAUUCUGAAUUUGUUUGAUUUUUUUAAAAUACAAAAUUGUCCUGAA